UGUAAAUGCAUUGCAUUAUAAAUGUGCUGAAGGUUUCGGAAGCUACAUUGCGCUGAGGUGAAAUUCAAGGAGUACUUGCAGGUUGUCAGGUUAGCAGCAAAGAUGUAUCUCUCUGCCAAUCUUGGAUUGUUCAUUCUGUUAUGUGCCCUUUCAAGAUCUUACGCUAGUAAACUACUGGUGGUUCCUGUGGAAGGAAGUCAUUGGGUCAAUAUGAAAGUCCUUAUUGUGGAAUUACAUUCAAGGGGUCACAGUAUUACCGUGGUCCGAGGUUCUAGCAGCUGGUACAUUGAGGAACAGUCUCCUCUCUACACUUCUAUCACAGUGGACAAUGGUGAAUUUGAUGAUGACUUCAUGGAGAAGUUCCUCCCUCGCUUACUGAAAAUGCAGAGACAAGGAAAAUCAUUUUGGAAUGAAAUGGCACUUGCUGACGAAAUGAUUCGCUUUGUUACAGAAACUCAUAAGCAGUCAUGCAAUAUGACAGCUAUAAUGUUUGAAAAUGAAACCUUGAUGAAUUCUCUUAAAGAUGCUGCAUAUGAUGUUGUCCUGACAGAUCCUGCUUAUGGAAGUGGAGUGUUACUGGCACAUCAUCUUGGGCUCCCUCUUGUGUAUAAUGUCCGCUGGACCGUGUAUGGAGAAGCCCAUUUUGAUAUAGCUCCAUCUCCUCUCUCAUAUAUACCUGUUUCAGGCUUACAACUAACAGACAAGAUGACAUUCAGUCAGAGAGUCAUGAACAUCAUGACAUAUAUAAUGAUUCGCUAUAAAUAUUCCAAGAACUUUGGUUCUCCUUACCAAGAGUUCACCCAGAAAUAUUUUGGCCCCAAUGUUAAUUUCUUCUCGCUCCUUCAGGAUGCAGACCUCUGGCUCAUGAGAAACGAUUUUACUUUUGAGUUUCCACGACCAACAAUGCCAAAUGUGGUCUACAUGGGAGGCUUCCAGUGCAAACCAGCAAAGCCACUUCCAGGUGAUCUUGACAGAGAGAACAUGCAGAGACUGUCCAAGCUGCACCACGACCAGCCAAUGAAACCUCUUGAUCGUGCCAUCUUCUGGAUUGAGUUUGUCAUAAGGAAUAAAGGAGCUCCUCAUUUACGGGCACAGUCUUUCAGAAUGUCCUGGAUUGAGCAUCAGUCCAUAGAUGUUAUUUUGACAUUAAUGGUGAUGGUUUUUGUAUUUGCAUUGGUGACUGCUUAUACAAUGAAAUAUUUUUGCCUUCGUUUAUUCAGAAAGAAAGUAAAGCAUGAGUGACAUAUUGACUGGAAAUAUCAUUAGUUUGAAAUUGUUUCACUUUAUUUUAAUCCAGUGCAUCAAAAUAAAAUGAUCAUUCAGAACACAUUCACAAUUGUUCCUCCACAAUCAGCUAAUGAAUCCUUCAGAACAUGGAAUAUUCUGAACUGAGUUUGUCAUAAGAAAUGUAAAUGUAACUUCAACAGCAACAUUUUUAGCAUUAGAUUUUUUUGUUUAUAUAUGUGAUCCAAUACAUUUUUAGAAUUAAAUUAAAAAAGAAAGUACAACAUGACUGAUAUAAGUAAUUACUGUAUGUGUUCAAUGUUGAGAAUUUGUUUGAGAUGUAAAAGAUAAUUUCAAUGAGAUUAAAAUUUU